AAGUGCACGCGCGUUCGUUUCUUACGACCGUGGAAUUCCUUUUUUAUUUUUUUUUUCAUUUUUGAUAUUCGCGCUUUCUAAGCUAAUCUCCUUUCAAUGAAACUGUGUAGCCGGUUAACGACAAUAAUGUCAAAUAAAAUUUCGAAAUUCGAAUUGUUUUAAAGUGAUGUGUUUUGUUUACGUUAUCGAUGGUUUGAACUAGUUGACAUAAAAAGACAAUGCACUUAACCGUUAUAACGUAAAUCAAAUAGUUAAUUUGUAUGCAAGUAAUUCGAUACGAACAGGUGGCGGUUAAAGUCGAUAAAAUUUGUAAACUUCGAUCGUAAUUCGUGACCGGUUUGUUGUGUAACUGUAGAAAAUAUUUAAAAAAAGUGUUAAUUCGCAGGGAACAACCUUUAGUAGUGUUGUGAUCGAGUUUCGUAUGAAAGUGGUAUGAUUCAGUGUUUAUGAGAUGCGCGGGCGCGUGCCGAAUCGAUUUUUAGUGUUAAGUGAUCGUUAGUGUAGCAAUGAGUGUUCCAAAUUUAAGCGCUGACCAGAUAACAGAGAUCGAAGCAGCGGAGGCUUGCAAAUGGCUGAGAGCUGCCGGAUUCCCGCAAUACGCACAGAUGUACGAAGACCUACAGUUCCCAAUCGACGUAUCAGGAGUACAAAACGACCAUCCGUUCCUGGACGCAGAUUCACUCCAAUCUCUAUUCAGACGACUGACAGCUCUGAACAGAUGCGCAAACAUGAAACUAGAACAUCAUCACCAUCAGAAGAGAUCCAACGACUCUGACGAUGAACAAUGCGCGCUAAGUGAUAAAUGGCAAUAUGAGAGGAAAUCAAGAAGAUGGUCCAGGGUUGUGGAAAUUACUCCACAAGCGCAGAGAAGGUUACAAGUGAUAGCGGCACGUGCAUUAGCGGAGCGAGAAGCGAGAGAAGCAAGAGGAGAAGUAGAAGAUGAUGAAGACGAAACCUUACCUACAAUAAGAGUAGGUCUUGUGGACGCUGACGGGCACUACACGGAUGUUGAGCCUGAUUUGUUAACGGUGUCAGGCCAACAAACUCACAUUCAGUUACCGAGUGACAAAGAAGAUGAAGAAGAAACGGGUACCAGAUUUAGACGGACUGGGUCGGAAAGGCUACGUGAUGGAGCAAAAGCUUUAUUAAGAAGGGUUGAAUCCUUGAAAACGAGGAGAAGAAAACGUCAAAACAGAACUGAAGUUAUAGUUUCAUCUCCACAUUUUCUUGAUGUCCAGCAGGAUAAAUAUGCAGAUUUAAAUUAUAUUGAUAUGACACCAACAACGCCUACUGCAUUUCCUUUUCCCAAUUUCCAUAGCUCUCCCCUCCAUGCUCCUGCUAUUCGUACCCAACCUCCUUCCCCUAUGACAAUAAUGCCACCUUCCCCUAUAGCUCCUCUCGAGCAAUCGUUUGUACUGCACCCGCCUUUUGGUGAUGACAGUUCAAGUUACGCUUCAGAUAACAGUAUGGGCUCAAGCAAUAAAAGUUCUAAGUCAAAAUUGGGAAGAGCGAAAAGAAUCUUCCAUCGAGGCCUAAAAAGUGAUGAUUCAAGUGCCCUAAGCGAUUCAGAGUGCCAACCGGCAAGCUGGAGGCACAAUUAUUAUAAGGAGCAUAAUAUUCAACAUAAUACGGAGGUAUAUGUAGAACCACCAUCACCAGUUGAACUCAAGGCAGACCCAGAAAUUCUCCGGGAAGUUCAGAAGUCUCCAGCGCACACACCACAUCGACGGCAAGCUAUUAGGACAAGCUCAUUAAACUUGGGAAAAGAUGGACAAAAGUUUCGGGAUAGAAGUCUCAAAAGAGAUAAAUCUGCAUCGAGGAGUUCAGAACUCGAUAGUAGUCCAAACUCAGCUGGAUCGAGGUCACAUGAUGGAGAUCAAGACGACGACGAUGACAGCCUGGACCUCAAAACGAAGAAAAACAAUAUUCAAAGAUGGUACUCAUUUAGGACAAGUGCACUCAAUGGUGGACCAAAAGCAAAUAACACGCUGCAACCAACGCCGAACCAGAAAAAUCCUGAAACGUAUCUGUCCCGACCAAUGUCCUCUUUGUCGUGUGGUCAAUUGCAUAUCCUGAGGAAACUAGCGCUGCUAAGACUAACUGCUUGCAUGGAAAGGUAUUGCCCUUCACACAAAUCAGGCUGGAAUUGGGAACUACCUAAGCUUAUACGGAAAAUUAAAACACCUGAUUAUAAAGAUAAAACAGUUUUUGGUGUACCUCUAACUAUAUCAUUACAGAGGACAGGGCACUCUUUACCAAAACCGAUACAGUGUGCCCUAAAUUGGCUCAAACAUAAUGCUUUAGAUCAGAUGGGAAUAUUUCGGAAGGCAGGCGUAAAAUCCAGAACAGCAAAAUUGAGGACCUGUGUCGAAUCAGCCGGCGCAGUCAAUGCUGCAUUUGCGAUAGAAAACAUGAACACCAUUGAUCCAAACCAAUCUAGUUUAAGCUUCGAGGGUGCUCAGGCGCAUGAUGUAGCGGACAUGGUGAAACAGUAUUUCAGGGAACUGCCAGAUGCAUUACUGACAAACAAACUAAGUGAAACGUUUAUAGCUAUAUUUCAACAUGUUCCGGAACCGUUGAGGCCUGAUGCAGUCCAGUGUGCAUUGCUUCUUCUGCCCGAAGAGCAUUUAGAAGCAUUACAAUCGCUAUUGAUAUUUUUAUCAGAGGUUGCAGAACAUUCUGCUGUUAAUCAAAUGACAGCUUCCAAUCUGGCGGUUUGCUUCGCUCCGACAUUGUUAAGGCUACACCACGCGCCCCCUCACACUGGUAGCACUAAGGAAGGCAACUCUAAUAGGAUGAUAAUUGAGAGCGUAGCAGACCAGCGACAGAUUAGCGAGUCUCGUGCUGCACACGCUUGUCUGCUGCUCCUCAUUCAACAACACCGGCAGCUGUUCCUAGCACCAGCGGACAUGCUUGCGCGAUGCAAGUUCAACUACUUCGAGGAAAGUGUGCCAGUUGCACUUGAAGAAUUGGGAGCAGAUUUCAACCAAGACUGGAAAGGCUUCCAAUACGCCUGCAUCCAAGCCUUACUUAAAGAAGCCAAAGAAAAAACACGAGGUUGGAUGUCAGUAUCGGGAGCAGCUCCUCACGUGGAGCUGUGUUGUAAGAAAGUUGGAGACGGCCACCCGCUGAGGUUGUGGCGUGCGACCACUGAUGUCGAAGCGCCGCCGCAGGAGGUUAUGCAAAGGAUACUCCGCGAGCGGCACAUAUGGGAUGAUUCUCUUGUGAAAUGGCGGGUGGCAGAAAAAUUGGGACCGAAUGCUGAAGUGUUUCAGUACAUCACAGCUUCUAGCUUUAAUUUGGCGCCAAGGGAUUACUGCGUGCUACGGUCGUGGCAGCAGGGCGGCGGAGGCGGCGGCGGCGGCGGCUGGUGCGCGGUGGCCGAGACGUCGGUGGCGCACGGCGCGGCGCCGACGGAGGGCGCGCGCGGCGUGGUGCUCGCGUCGCGCUACCUCGCGCAGCCCGCCGGCAAGGGCCGCAGCAGGCUCGUGCACUUGGCGCGCGUCGACACCAUGGGCCGAACUCCAGAGUGGUACAAUAAAUGCUACGGCCACAUUUGCGCUUUGUACUUAGCCAGAAUUCGAGCCUCGUUCAAGCAUAAUACAGAAGGACCUGAAUCGAAUGUAUGAUCCAAACAUUCCACUUAAGCCCACUCCAUAUUGGACUGGACUUAAGUAUGACUUUAUUGGUGUGAAAAUAGCCAUUGAAUAAGGCUAAGAAUAUUUUAUCAGUGAAUAUUGAUAUUUGUGUGUUGUUAUAAAUACUUGGCCAAUCCUGGUCUCUAAUUUCAAAUAUAGUAAAUAUGCAAGUAAUGCAAAUGUUAAAUCAAAUGUUAAGCAUAAUUUUUUGAUCAAAAAUACUUUUUAGUAUAAAAAAUUUACCUACCUCUGACAUUCGUUUUAUACUUUACCCUAUUAUAAGGCGUAUGUCUAACAGCUACGGGCACAUCUUACAGUGAAAGAUAUACACAAAAUAUGAAACAAGAAUGUCUUUCACUGGAUGAGUAAAUGUAUAUAAGCUGUUAUUGUUGCCACGUUUAAUUACCCAAAUUUCCCCUAAGGGAUCAACCAAAAAGCCUGACUGCAUUAUGCAUAUUAUUUAGUUUUUUAGAUUAGAAAAUAUUUUAUACAAAAUUCGUGAUUAUAGAUUCCCCUCAUGGUGCGUUGUGUAUAUAUUUAAUAUUAAAAUUUAAUAAACAUCACAUUUACCUAUAUAUAAAUAUCAAAAAAGUAAUCUCGUCAACUUUUAAUGGUAUUCGAAAUAAUAUUUACCAAUCCCUAUGUAAAGUUAUCAUAACAUAUCACUAGUCAUAUUAUUAUAAUAUUCAAUAUUAAAUAUUAUAACACAUUGUCAGUACCUGCCCUGUGUUCAGGAAUAUAAUUAUUAUUACAAUUUUUGAAAAGUUAUCCAUAAUAAUAUAAUCUGUAUUUUACUUAUCAGCUAUAAUUAUUAGACAAAGAAUACAGGAUUAUUGUUUUUCAACAAUAAAUAAUAGUUUUAUGUGCAAAAAUAAUAGCAUUCUCAGGCUGUAUAUUGUUGUAGUCACAGCCUUGUUAUUCCAUUUAAAAAUAUUCCUUAUGUUUUUCGUAUUAA